CGCCGAGAUAGUGGCGCAGAGGGAGCAGGUUGCCGGCGGGCGGCUCCAGUUCUGUGAGUGCCGGGUUGGAGCGGGCCUGAGUUCGGCUGGGCAAGGGGCGAGCUCGCCUGCGGGAGAGGGUACACUCCGAAGAAUGCUAGAUGAUUGAUGAAUAAUCUGCAAAACUGAAAAUAAAAGUCAUUAACCCAAAAGCACAACAGAGACUGAAAGACACUGCCAUUUGGAAAAAGUCAUGGAACAAGAACCGGAUCCUGCUAUUCUAGAAGAUGCAAACAUUAAAGCUAUUCAAGAAGAGUUCAAGAAAGCCUUUAUCUUUGUCAAUAAAGGACUGAAUACAGAUGAAUUGGGUCAAAAGGAAGAAGCAAGGAACUACUAUAAGCAAGGACUUGACCACUUGCUUAGGGGAGUUAGCAUUCCAUCACAAGGUCCUGAAUGUACAGGAUCCCAGUGGGACUCUGCCAGACAAAUGCAGCAAAAGAUGCAAGAGACUUUACAAAAUGUUAGAACUCGACUGAAUAUUCUAGAACAAAAUACCCCUGCUAUGCAAACUAAUGCCACCACAAUGAAUGUGCCUCUAGGGGUGCCCAAGUUAUACCCAGUGAUUCCCACUAAUGAAAAGCCAGAAAGGCCCCCUGCACCGUAUUCUCUGAUUCCACCUUCUGGGCCUCCUGCAGCAAAUGAAAAUGUUGCAGCUACAAGCAAAGGGCAACUUCCAGCUAUGAGUCCUUCAUCUCCAAAAGCUCACUCUCUAACACAUGAAGCUCCUCCUGUGUAUACUCCUCAAGCUACUGAUGGACACUAUACUGUAUCUUACGGUACAGACUCUGGGGAGUUCUCAUCAGUUGGAGAGGACUACUACACAAAAUGUACUCAGCCACCUCCCCUUGAAAGUCUAGGAGUAGAUGCAGAUGAAUUGAUCCUGAUUCCCCAAGGAGUACAGAUAUUCUUUGUGAGUCCUGAUGGGCAGGUUAGUGCUCCUUCGUAUCCUGGAUACCUGCGCAUUGUGAAGUUCUUGGACACUGAUGGUGCAAUGGCCCAGAAUCGUCCCCCUGCGUUUCUUCAGGUUUGUGAUUGGCUGUAUCCCCUUAUGUGCAACCAUUCUCCUGUUCUGUGCUGUAAUACUGGAGUCUACAUGUUCCCAGAUCUGAUGUCGCAGGUGCCAGGAUCCCACGUGGGAGUAGUGCUGUCUUCAGAACUCCCAGCAGCUGACAGAGAGCUUUUUGAAGAUCUGUUAAAACAGAUGUCUGACCUCAGAGUCCAGGUGCCAAGAUCCCAUGAGGGAGUAGGAUUAUCUUCAGAACUUGCAGCAGCUGACAGAGAACAUUAUGAGGAUAUGUUAAAACAGAUGUCUGACCUCAGAGUCCAGCCUUUGGAAGCAUCAAGUGAUGUGAUUAACCUGGCCCAGACUGUACGCAUCCAACCAGAGCCUGAAGGAGGAGAGGGAGAAAGAGAGUUACCUGAGUGGAGUGAGAAAGUAGCUCAUGGAAUCUUGUCAGGAGCAUCUUGGUUGAGUUGGGGUUUGGUCAAGGGAGCAGAAUAUACUGGCAAAGCAAUCCACAAAGGAGCUUCCAAAUUGCGAGAACACAUUCAACCAGAAGAAAAACCUUUGGAAGUCAAUCCAACUGUAGCCAAGGGGCUUCAUGUAGCAAAACAAGCUACUGGAGGAGCUGUAAAAGUCAGCCGGUUUUUGGUUGAAGGGGUAUGUUCAAUCGCAAGCAGUAUUGGAAAAGAGUUAGCCCCACAUGUGAAGAAGCAUGGGAGCAAAUUUGUUCCUGAGUCGCUUAAGAAAGACAAAGAUGGAAAGUCCACUUUUGAUGGUGCCAUGGUUGUAGCAGCAAGUGGAGUUCAAGGGUUUUCAACAGUAUGGCAAGGUUUGGAAAGUGCAGCAAAAUGCAUUGCUACUAGUGUUUCAACCGAGACUGUUCAGACUGUCCAGCACAAGUAUGGGGAUGAUGCAGGCCAUGCUACAGACAACGCUAUGAAUUCUGCAAUCAAUGUUGGUGUGACAGCAUUUAACAUUGACAACAUUGGUAUCAAAGCUAUAGUGAAGAAAACUGCAAAAGAGACUGGUUAUGCUGUGCUGGAUGAAUAUAAAGUACUAGAAAAGGAGAAAAAGGAUGGAAGAUAAAACAGUUAAUUUCCCAAAGCCUUACAGUAUGGAUGUAACUUGCUAUUUUAAAGUAAUGGGAUAAUGCUAACAUAACGUAAGUAUUUAUUUUUAUAAUUGUCUUUAUGAAAACUAAUUCUUUACAUACUUGAGAAAAUUGAAGGCAUAAAACUAGUCAUUUUCUCUGGGUUGAAAGUACCCUUCAUUCAGCACUUCUGCAUCAGGUAUCAGUCUGACCACUGGAAGGAUAUGGAUUCAGAAUUACAUGUAGUACAGUCAGAAAAAAAACUCCAUAAUCUAUUAAUUCAAAAACACUAUUUUUCAAAAUAUAAAAUGGAACAGUAACAUGAAUAGAAAUAUGAAUUUGUCUUGAGUAUUUUUGUAAUGCUGUUUGUAAAGAAAAAGGGUUGGUACUCUGAAUAAAUCUAAUAGGGUUUAUAGUUUAAUUCCCCUUUUAAUUAUUAUAGUUGAAAUGAGUUUGCCAAGGCAGAAUUGUCUUAUCUAAUUAUAUGCACUAAGAUUAGUUUUGGAUUCCAUUCUUUAGUUUCCAAAGACUAGAGAGAUUCCUUUAGGACAAUUAACAUUUAAAUAGCAGCUGAGCUAAUGACCAAAGUCCUAUUAAAAGAAAUGAAAGAGCCUCUGGUAGCCUCCCUCCUUUUAAAGUUAAAUGCUUUUCAGAACAAAUAUUUAUAUAAACCAAAGACUUAAACCACACUGUUUGUUAGGGUGACAAGUACUCUCUGUACAAGAGAACCAACUCAAAAAUAAUCAGAAUACUCACAAAUUGGCAGUAAAAAAAGAGAAUUCAGUAAUUCUGUGCAAUCUGAUUUUUGGGGGGGUGGGGAAGAACUAACUCAGUAUUAUUUAAAAAAAAAAAAAAAAAAAAAAAAAAAAACUUUUUUUCUGUAACCAUCAGGGUGAGACUCUAUCCAGGAAAAAAUUGUUCUAUAGAAAAGCUUUCACUGACCUUUUACACUGCAUGUGUUUCACAAUCCAUCUACUGUAACUGCAAUGUCUUUAGAAAGAUUUGUAAUGUAUUGUAACAUUGGGUAUUACUGCCCUCUAAUGGAAUAUCAGGGUAUUUGAAAUGUUAAGUUUUUGUUUCUGUCUACUUCAGUAUCUAGCAUUAAAUUCCAACAGUUAUUAAAAUGAGCUUUCAGUCGUGGUAAGGGCAUGACUUCAUGGGCAUAAACACAAUGAAAAAUUAAAUUCUGAAAAUCAUCCCACUGAAUGUAAUAUACAUGCUGCUUUUGUAAAUAGUUUUUGCCCACUUUCUACUCAGACAUGAACUGUCCUGAUGUUUCUUGUACACUUAUGUACUACACAAAGCUGUUGUAGACCACAGGAGUGCAGUACAUAUGAAAAACUCAGGUCAUUCUCUGCUACUGGCUCAAAAAUUCAUUACUGGGCUUCACAGCUGCUAUCCGUUCCAGUCUUGAUUGAACCUGUAGUGGAAACAAAAUGACACUUACUUACAAACUGUCUUUAACAUUAAUUGCAGAAAAUGACUUAACGGUGUGACUGGCUCAGACUCACAAAUAAAUGCAAUCAAAGUCUAUACUAAUGGAUUAAUAGAAAGUAGUGUGUUAGCUUGGCUAUUACAUGCCUGCAACUGGUGAUGGUGAGACGCAUGAGGCUAAGAGCAUAACAACUUGACACACAAUUCCUGGAAUGUCUUGUGGAAUUGAAAUUAUAAAUAAAACUAA